UCCGCUUCCGGGAUCAAAACCUACCGCUUUGCAAGAAUAAACGAGUGAAAAACAACGAUCACUGCAAUUCCACGCACUGUUUUUUUUUCCUACCGGUGUGAAUGUGAUUUUAGUUUUUACAGGAAUUGAUGGAAAAGUGCUGUUGCUGCUAGUUAGUUUUGUUGUACAAUAUGUUUUAUUGAUUUUUUUCUUUAUCUACUUUCUACGUGAGUCUGUAUUAGAGAAGCCAUCCUGUUCCUCUGCGUCGAGAAACAAGAAGCUGCUACGAUAAACCGAUUUUUCAUAUUUGUGUUUUGAGUGUGUAGAAGGUCUAGUUUUAUUGGAAUAUUAGAGCUAAUAAAGAACAAUCCAAGGCUUCGAGUCGAAUGGAUUUUGCACUGAGUUUGUGUCUACGUGAUUGGUACUACCACGCAGAAUCUACUUCACAGAGCAAGUACAAUUAUGACGCGUAGAGACCUCACAGUCACCGCGCCGCACCGUCUCCAGGAGGGACGCAGCGGGUAUGGUGUGGCUGCGGCGGGUGAAGAGGGCGAGAGGGCCUUGACAGGGCAGCAGGAAUUUGAACCCGAAAAUAGAAGCUCAACGGAAGCCAAGAAUGGAAAUUGCUGGUCCAAAAAUAGACCGCUUAUCAUCAGCCUGAUCGUGAUUGCCGCAGGCCUCGUUAUCGGUGCUGUUGUCGCGGUUUUCUUUAUGUUUCUACGUCUACUUGAGUCUGUUAUUAGAGAAGCCCUCCUGUUCCUUUGCGUCGAAAAAUAUUUACAGAAACUGCUACGAUAAACCGAUAUUUCAUAUUUAUGCUUUGUGUGUGUAGAAGAAGGUCUAGCUUUGACUUGCAGCUGGUCGACACAAGUUCCACCAGGAAUAACUUAGUAGCUUACCUCUUUUCACGAAACAAAAUCAACCUUUCUCGCAGAUAUAGACUUCACUUUUUCAGAAACAACAGCUCCUACGUUGAAGAAACUUUUACUUUUUCAACAACUUCGAGUUUUUAGUAACUUUCGAAAAGCCUCUCUCUAGUGACGAAAAAUAGCUCUCCUGUAUCUUUUUCUCAGGCUUACGAGGCCAAAGCUGUAGCCACCUAGUAUUUUUCUUGAACUAACAGUAGCAUCGUGAGAGGAAGGUAAAACCUUCACACGGAAACCACGACUCCAGCACUAACAAACGAACAAACAAACAAACAAGCUCUAGUUUUGGAAUAGAGCUAAGAAAGAAUCCAAGGCUUCGAGUCGAACAGAUUUUACACUGAGUUUGUGUCUACGUGAUAGAUUGGCACUACCCCGCAGAAGCUAAUUUCACAGAGCAAUUACAAUUACGACACGUAGAGACCUCACAGUAGCCGCGCCGUACCGUCACCAGGAGGGACGCAGCGGGUGUGGUUUUGUACCCAAGAAGUACAGCAUGCUUUGCUAAACGAGGUGGGUUUUGUACCCAAGAAGCACAAGGUGGUCUGGAUGACCUACUUAUAGAUAGUACGAUGUGUCUGAUU